AUGCAACUCCUCCGCCUCCUCUCAAGCCUCCUCGUCCUCUCCACGACACUCUCCCUACCAGUGUCGGUCUCUGCCGGUAACGGCGAGAUCACGUCCCCCACUAACGGCACGGUCGUCAUGCCUGGAGAGUCAUUCGACUUCAAAUACGACGGGAUGGCAGAUUACAGCGUAUCCGGGUACAACUACUCUGUGUGUCCUUCUCACCCUCUGAGUCCUUUGGCGCCGGGUACUACUUUGGACGAUACUGAUUAUGCUAAUUACCCUGGUGUCCCAUAUGCGAACCACCCAGCCCCUGCUCAACUCGUUAUGCCGAACCUCUCUGCACGCUUAGGAGGCUUCGGAACAGGUAAAUCGGCUAGCAAUGCCUUGGUUUACCUCGCAGUCAUAGAAGAAUGGGCUUCUGGAUCGACGUUUGGGUUCCAAAUGAACCUCGCAAUGACACAGCUCAUUUAUAAUGGCACAUCAUCUUCAUAA